UUUCGUUCUCAAUGUUCAUCACACAAACACCAGCAUGUUCUCUUAAAGAAAGUCUCUCUUCCAAUACACAACCUGCAUUUAAUGCUCUUCUGUUUCUCCCUCACUACAAAUACUCUCGGAACCUCCAAUACUGAAACUCACAUUACAUAUCAACUUGCAAAAUUAAGCUUCACUAGUAUAAAAUAUAUAUACACAACACGCACACACCAAAAGACUUGAAUAGGAAUAUCAUUUCUCAUCCAGCUUAUAGUUAACACACACACACACACACACACACACACACACAUAUAUACAUAUAUUAUCUCUCAAGAAAUAUACAUCAUCAUGUCUUCUGUUGCCUUUCUCUUUCUCCUAUGUCUUGCUUGCUCUUUGCAUGCAUGCAAUGCUCGUCUUUUGGCCUCUAGUGACAACCAAAUUGGCCAAAAAUCCUACCAUUUUGCUAAGGAAGUCGAGAAGGCCAAACUGUCUGAUGAGACUUCAAAUCCGCAGUCAAAUAUGAAGGCUGAUCUUUCAAUCCCAUCAGUAGAAUGCUUAAGGCAGGAUCAUCAAGCGAAAAGCAAUGGAAGAACCAGAAAUGAAAAUCGCUGUGCAAAUGCUUUGAGAUUGGAAAUUUUAAGGCUCAAUUUGGAAAAACAUGAUGCUCAACCGUCAGUGGAUGAUGGAACAACCUCAGGAAAUGGCAUUACAAAAUCAUUUUCUCAGAUGGAGUUGCAACAAUCGAUUAUUGAAACGUCAAAGGGACAAGAGGGACAUGGAAGGUCAAUGCUAGGAUUUGUUCCACAAGACACGGAAGAAGCUGUCGAUACCAAGGAAGGGGACGCUGUUGAGGACAUAGUAGUCAUGGAUUAUGCUCAACCUCACCGGAAACCGCCGAUUCACAAUGAAAAACCCUAGAUUUUCCGCCGAUUCACAACCAAAAACCCUAGACAUCACCACCACCAAGCAUCUUCCUAUAAAAAUAUGAUAUACUUUGUUCUUAGGCCUAUAUUUAUGAAUUAUACAAUAAUUUCAGAAGAAUAAUUAAUCCAUUGCUUAAAAAAUGUAUUGCAUAAGAAGAACAAUCCCAAACUUUUCUUUUUCUUUUUUUUGUUUUUACGACAUCUUCAUGAAUGAGAAUUCACAUGGUACUGUUUUGGUAGAAUUGUAAAAAAAUCAAAUAUUAUAUCUAGAAAAAGAUAAUCAGUUAGUGGACAAUCCAGUGUGAUGGAUAAGGGCUACUUGCAAUGUGUGUGUACCUUUUAUUUUAUUAAGUGGGAAUAAAUGAUUGUGAAGAAGGAAACAUAUGCCCAUGGCAUAUGUUGCCAAUUGUUGUGAA